AUGGAUGAUUGCAAGGCUAUCCUGCCGGACGGGGUCCUCAGAGAGAACGGUAUCGAGUCAGCCAGCCACAACAGUCAUGGGAAUAACUGUGAAACCACGCUUGAAGAUGGUGAAGGACAGGUUGCCGAUAAUGCUGUGGUUCAAGUCGUCGACCAUAAGGCAGAGCGCGCACUCUGUUCCAAGCUUGAUAUUCAACUCCUCCCUGUCCUCGCAGUGAUGUAUCUUUUCAAUGCUCUCGAUAAAGGAAACAUUGGAAAUGCCCAGACCAACGGCCUCAGCAAGGAUCUCAAUCUUGCAAGCGGAGAAUACAACCUUCUGCUGUCGAUAUUCUUCAUUCCUUAUGUUCUUUUUGCACCUCCAAUCGCUAUGCUCGGCAAGAAAUAUAGUCCAGCCCGUGUCCUGCCGAUAUGCAUGUUCAGCUUCGGUUCCCUGACUCUCCUCUCCGCCACCACUUAUAAUUUCAGUGGCCUGUUUGCCCUUCGUUGGCUACUGGGGAUGUCUGAAUCGGCCUUUUUACCGUUGGUCAUCUACUACCUAACCACCUUCUAUCGGCGAGGGGAGCUGGCCCGACGCCUCGCUAUAUUCUACGCUGCGUCGAAUAUCGCAAACGCCUUCUCUGGUCUACUUGCGUUCGGGGUAUUCCAAAUCCCCAACUCAAAACUGCAAGGUUGGCGCUACCUUUUUCUCAUCGAGGGAGCAUGCACCGUAUGCUUUUCCGCUUUUGCGUUUUGGUAUCUCCCUCGCACAUCAGCUGAGGCAAGGUUCUUGAACGCGCAGGAGAAGGCCCUCGCCUUCCACCGUAUACAAGUGGAUUCAUCGUCCGUCGUCAACGAGAAAUUCUCAUUCCGUGAAGCCGUUGAAAUAUUCAGACAACCCACAUCAUACUGUUUCAUUUCAAUCGAGAUCUGCCUCGGCGUCCCACUGCAGUCUGUUGCCCUCUUCUUGCCCCAGAUCAUACAGCGAUUAGGCUAUGAAACAGUGAAGACGAAUCUAUACACUGUCGCACCCAACUGCACCGGUGCAGCAAUGCUGCUGAUUCUAGCAUUCAUUUCUGACGCCACCCGUCUACGCUCCCCAUUCAUCGUCCUCGGCUUCCUCCUUACCUUCAGUGGAUUCAUGAUCUAUGCCUCCAUCGACAAUGUCGAGCAACACAUAAGACUUGCCUACUUUGGCGCCUUCAUGAUGACAUGGGGUACAUCUGCUCCAUCCGUGUUGCUGAGUACUUGGUACAACAACAAUGUCGCCCAUGAAGGACGGCGUGUCUUGCUCACUUCUGUCGGCGUGCCGCUGGCCAACCUCAUGGGACUAGUCAGUAGUAAUAUCUUUCGUGAGAAGGAUAAACCAAAAUAUCAGCCUGCAUUGAUCACCACUGGUAUUUUUGGAGGCGUAGGCGCUUGCAUCGCAGCUGGACUUGGUUUGUAUAUGGCUUGGGAUAAUCGGCGACGCAAUCGCCGGGCAGGCGUUAAAACAUCGGCGAGUGAUGUGCCAACGAAAAGACUUCGAGAUGGUCCGGAAGUGGAAGAGUUUCGGUGGUUCAUAUAA